AUGUCUUCCGCUCCGAAACAGCGCAAGUUCGAGGGAUGGGCGGCGAUGGACUCGAAUGCCAUCAAAGGGGAGAUGAAGUGGACAGAGUACCGGCCGAAGGAGUUCUUUGAUGAUGAUGUCGAGCUCGAGAUCCAAUAUUGCGGGAUCUGCGGGUCCGAUUUGCACACCAUGUCCGAUGGCUGGGGCUCUACAAAAGGGAUGUAUCCUCAGGUGGUGGGACACGAGAUAGUGGGCAAGGUGGUACGCGUCGGGAAGGACGUCAAGCAUCUGAAAGAGGGAGACAUUGCGGGGGUAGGAGCGCAGUGCGAUUCCUGUAUGGAGUGUGUGAACUGCAAGAAUGGCGAGGAGAACUACUGUAGCAAGGGCCAGACUGGAACAUACUGCGGUAAAUUCAGGCGCACUGCCAAAGGGUCCAAAUCGUACGGCGGGUAUGCCAAUUACUGGCGUGGUCCCGCCCACUUCACCAUCCCCAUCCCCGACAAUCUCGAUCCCGCGGAAGCUGCACCGAUGAUGUGCGGCGGCGUGACCGUGUAUACUCCGCUGAAACAAUACGGGGCCGGAACGACUGCGAAAUCCGUUGGGGUCGUAGGUCUGGGAGGAUUGGGACACUUUGCCGUCCUCUUCGCUACCGCGAUGGGAGCAGAUGUGACGGCUAUCACACAUUCGCACAAGAAGACCGAGGACGCAAAAAAGCUGGGCGCAAAGCAGGUGAUUGUUACCGGAGAUGAUAUCAAGGCAGCCUUCAAGGGGUACAGGCGGAGCUUGGACCUAAUCAUCGUUUCUUCUAACGCCCCCAACAUGCCCUUCAAUGCGUACCUCUCUCUGCUCAGACCGCAUGGCCACCUCGUGAUCGUCGGAGCGCCAGAGGAAGGCACUAUCCCCAACGUCAGCCCGUUCAACCUCAUCGGCAGCAACGUGCACAUCUCCGGCUCCGCUAUCGGGUCCGUCAAAGGGAUCGCCGAAUGCCUCAAAUUCGCAGGUGAUCAUAAUAUCAAAGCCUGGGUCAAGCGAUAUACCAUGAAGGAUGCGAACGAGGCGGUGGAAGCGGCUUGA